UCAAACAGUGUUUCAUGUUUGGCGCGCUGAUAAGUUGAGGUUCUUUGAUCACAAUGAAAUUAUUUCUCUCAUUAGUCGCCCGUCAGUUAUCACACAUUGUUUACGUUAACUAUUACCGCUCCCGUAACUUUUUUUAUUAUAUCGGAAAUGUCUAGUGAUAGAAAAAAUAAUAUUAGAGAGAUGGCUCGACAAAAUGGUAUUGUUCAACCCUUAUUAACUGAUUUAUACCAAAUAACAAUGGCAUAUGCCUAUUGGAAGUCAGGGAAAGUUAAUGAUACAGCUGUUUUUGAUUUGUUUUUCCGUACGAAUCCAUUCCAAGGAGAAUUUACAAUUUUUGCUGGUCUCGAAGAGUGUCUUAAAUUCUUAGAAAACUUCCAUUACUCGGACAGUGACAUAGAAUAUUUGAAGCAAACAUUACCGGCAACUAUAGAACAUGAGUUUUAUGACUAUCUUAAGGAUUUAACUUGCAAGGACAUUAAGUUAAGUGCUAUUGAAGAAGGGUCCGUAGUUUUUCCAAGAGUUCCUCUUUUGAGAGUAGAAGGACCUCUCAUAAUUGCGCAAUUACUGGAGACAACGUUAUUGACACUAGUUAACUUCGCAAGUCUCAUGGCGACAAACGCAGCUCGGUAUCGUAUGGUCGCUGGCAAACAUGUCUCGUUGCUUGAGUUUGGUUUACGAAGAGCGCAAGGGCCAGAUGGUGGUCUUUCAGCUUCUAAAUAUGCCUACGUCGGUGGUUUUGACGGUACGAGUAACGUGCUGGCCGGGAAGAUGUUCAACAUACCCGUCAAAGGGACGCACGCGCACUCGUUCGUGACGUCAUUCAGUACGCUGGGCGACAUACACUCGGGCACGCUCAGACACGCAGACACAGAGACUCAGUGCGAUUUCCUAAAGAUGGUGCUCGAGUGUCGGAAGCGCGUCUCUGAGAUCCUAGACGUGUCUCCCGAGGAAGCCAGCGACGGCGAACUGGCCGCCCUAGUGUCGUACGCCCAAGCCUUCCCGGCCGGGUUCUUGGCUCUCGUGGACACGUACGAUGUGAAGAGGUAUAAUAUACAAGGCUUAGCGUCCCGACACGGGCAGCGUACGAAUGGGCAUUCUGGCUACAAUAGCAACUGUGGAUCCAAUGGUCGUAGUAUUCGAAGCCUCUCGGCUAUCCGUAGCGCGCGUGGAUAUAGCACGUUCGAACGCACACUGAGGAGUGGUCUUUUGAAUUUCUGCGCCGUAGCCAUAGCUCUGAAUACGUGUGGGUACAGAGCGGUCGGCAUUCGGAUCGAUAGCGGCGACCUGGCGUACUUGUCCGUGCUCGCUAGGGAAACAUUCAACCAAGUGGCGAAAGAGUUAGAUCUGCCCUGGUUCGCUAAACUAACAAUCGUUGCGUCGAAUGAUAUCAACGAGGAGACGAUUCUAAGUCUCCACGAACAAGGGCACUCCAUCGACUGUUUCGGAAUCGGGACGCACUUAGUUACCUGCCAGCGUCAGCCAGCAUUAGGCUGCGUAUAUAAAUUAGUUGAAAUAAACGGUCAGCCUCGUAUUAAACUUAGUCAAGACGUUGGGAAAGUCACCAUUCCUGGUCAUAAAGAGGCUUAUAGAUUGUUCGGGGCCGACGGACAUGCGUUAAUAGAUUUGCUGCAGCGCUCGACCGAGCCGGCCCCUGAAGUGGGUCAGAAAGUGUUGUGUCGACAUCCGUUCCAAGAAUCUAAACGGGCCUAUGUCAUACCCAGCAAAGUGGAGCAUCUAUAUAAGGUGUACUGGAAUGCAGGAAAAAUAUGCACUUUUCCUAAGCCCUUAGUAGAGGUACGAGAGCGAGUGCAAACAUCUUUACGAACUCUGCGACAGGAUAUUAAAAGAAAUUUAAAUCCUACUCCAUACAAGGUGGCCGUGAGUGAUAACCUCUAUAACUUCAUACACGAUUUGUGGCUGCAGAAUGCACCAAUCGGCGAAUUGUUUUAAUUGGAUUAACGGAAAUUUGGUUUUGAGUAAAAAAAAACUUCCUAUAAUUUAUAUGAUAUGCUUUUAACUAUCAUUUUAUAUUUAAGAGUGCACGAUGCACGUAGUUAUUUAAAUAAAUUUCAGUUUUAUACGGCAUUUG